GCAUUCAAAGUCUUUGAGCGGAUGGCCCGGCAGGAUGAUGAGAAGAGGCGCCGAGAGCUGGAGGCAAAGCUAAGGAAGAAGGAGGAGGAGGAGGAGGCUGCCGCAGAAGCUGAAAGGGUGAAACUGUCCCCUGCAGCUCAGGAGGUUGAGGUAGAGACAACAGCAGAGCACAUCCCAGCGCUGGAUGCUGGGGGAGCUGCAGAGACGCAGGAGUUGGCCAUAGCCCAGGACGCAGCCCCCAGUCCUGUGUUGGCGGAGCCCCCGGCAGCUGCUGCUCCAGCAGAGCCACAGCCAGCAGAACUGCUGACGAGACAGGAGCAGUUCCAGACAAACCCCGACAGCUACAACGGAGCUGUGCGAGAGAAUUACGCCUGGUCCCAAGACUACAGCGACCUGGAAAUUAAAGUGCCUGUGCCCAAGCACAUCAUAAAAGGCAAACAGGUGUCUGUGGAUAUCAGCAGCAGCGCAAUUCGUGUAGCGGUGCUGGAGGGGAGCAGCCAGCGCGUCCUCAUGGAAGGGAAGCUCACCCACAAGAUCAACAUGGAGAGUUCUCUCUGGAGCCUGGAGCCAGGGAAGUGCGUUUUGAUCAACCUGAACAAAGGGGAUGAGUACUGGUGGAAUGCCAUCCUGGAAGGCGAGGAGCAGAUUGACAUUGACAAGAUCAACAAGGAGCGCUCCAUGGCCACGGUGGACGAGGAGGAGCAUGCCGUGCUGGACCGCCUCACCUUCGACUACCACCAGAAGCUGCAGGGCAAGCCCCAGAGCCAUGAGCUGAAGGUGCAUGAGAUGCUGAAGAAGGGCUGGGACACUGAGGGCUCCCCCUUCCGCGGCCAGAAGUUCGACCCUUCCAUGUUCAACAUCUCCCCUGGUGCUGUGCAGUUUUGACAGCGGCGAAAAACGGCCAAGAAAUGAAGCGGGGAGAGGAGAAGCCC